AGUGUCCGUUGAUAUGGAUUUGAUGUCUAUGGAUAUCGACCAAUGCGACAAUGGAACAGGGAUUUUCGCUGGCACACACAAAUGUCGAAACACUACAACAUGCGUUCCUGUAUCAAGACGUGGGUUCUCCAGUGGUUCCUACCAGUGUGUCUGCAAAGAUCGUUUCUACUUCCCUGAUACCUUUGCUCCUGUAAAGGCCUUCAAUGGAUCGAUGGUUGAACAAGCUUGGAUGCUAUCAAUAUCUCCACAACACGAAGGAGGUGUCGGAGCUGAUGACUAUAUACAUAACUUUGACUGUCGACCUUGCCGUGAAGGUUGUACCACCUGUCUGGAUGAUGCACCUUGCUUCGUGACUAACGAUGCCAUACUUCGAGCUGUCAUACUCACCAUGCAAGCUUUGUGCAUGCUCCUGACGAUUGGUUUGGUCGUAAUCAUCCUCAGAAAUAGAACAGCUAAGGUGAUUUGCUGUGACAGUCCGUGGAUGCUUGUCGUUCUCCUCAUUGGAGCCUUUGUUCUCUAUGCUGAACUUAUCGCUAUGUACUUCGAACCAUGUGCACUGACCUGCUUCCUCGCAAAGUGGCUCAGAGGUUGGGGGUUUGCCAUUGCCUAUGGAAUGCUUGUCCUCAAAAUUUACAGGAAACUGGCCAUUUUCCAAACCCGAUCAGCUACUCGUGUUCUAGUGCGCGACCGUGAUGUCCUCAAGUGGCUCCUUCUUAUCAUCUUAGUUCUUUCGGGUUACCUAGCUGCUUGGACCAUAUUCUCUGUUCAGAGUAUGCAAUACUGUGACGUCGAUAUCGUCGCUUUAGGGCAGGACGGGGAUGGAAUGAAGUUCUAUACGUGCGAAGUACGAUGGUGGGAUUACGUCAUAGACGUCAUUGAAUUCCUAUUCCUUCUGUUCGCUAUCUACCUAUGUUAUGCGGUAAGAGCAGCUCCCUGUGAAUUCCACGAAACAAGAUAUAUCACAGUAGCCAUCUAUAACGAGACAAUACUUUCUGUCUUUCUACAUGUGCUAAGACAUUUUCUGUGGUCAACUACACCGCCUGACUGGACUUUUCUAAUGACCUUCAUUCAUUCUCAACUAACAAUAACUGUCAUGGUAUCAAUUAUCUUCAUACCAAAGCUGAUAGUGUUACACAAGCUGAUACACAAUGAGGAGUUUCGAGAAAGAGUCAACUCUAGAGUGGUAUACGAUGCAGCUAGCAAGUGGCAAAACUCCACUUUCCUCAAACAAAAUUCAGCGUCUAAUCCUUCUACCGACCAACACAAUUUUAAUGCAGAAGAUGUACGGGAGGAGCUAAAACGACUGUACACUCAGCUGGAACUCUACAAGACCAAAUCUCUGAGGAUAGACAACCCACACCUACCUUCAAAGAAACGUUCCGGUGGUCCAAGAUGGCGCCCUCCCCGUAGAUUCUCUCGGGGUCACAGCCUGCGUACUCACAGCGGUCACUCGGAAUCCGAAUUCUCUUCGGAAAUUGCUCGGAGCAACGAGAGCUUGACGAAGGCCGUCGAACUGCACGAUUACAGGCCUAAUCAUGUCGACGGUUUAGAGGUCCAUGCGCAUGUCAACCAAAAGUGGUCCCCUCAAUCAUGACAUCUUGCUGGAAACAUAUGAAUUCGGCAAUUACCUUUCUUAGUAAAUCAUCAUUUUGCAGGAGCAAUGACCACAGCUAUGAAUGAUUGC